UGUUACUUAUCUUCUCCCAGGUACUGGUAUGCAGCCAUUUUCUCCACCUUACUGGGCUGUGAUAUUAGCUAGCUGUGCUGUCCUUCUGUACAUGAACCCUCUUCUGCUGCGAAUUGCAGGAUUACGAGCUGUUUCCAUGGCAUCUGACGCAUACGUUUCAGGAUCGCUCUCCGCUGCCUAUGUUACCUGUCCCAAUGAAACUGUGGCGAAAGAUAUAGCACGGGGUCUAGUGGAGAAGAAACUUGCAGCCUGUGUAAAUCUUAUACCGCAGAUCACAUCCAUGUAA